AUGGCUGGUAAUGGGAGACGAGCUGGAACCAAUCAACAUAAAACCAUAUUUAUAUCCAAAUUCAGUUCUUUAAGUGGGAGGAGGACUCUAUCUAGAAGACGGUGCAUCUCAUUCACGCAUGAUGUGCGACUUGGACAAGGAUGGGAGUUUGCUACUGUGGCUGAAGCGAGACAUAGGGAUGAAUCUUGCGAUUCUGUGGAAGGCAGAUCUAUCGCUUCAGUUGCGAUAGAGGAGGAUGACCUCCCAUCUGAGGUGGAGAAGUCAAUUGAUGUAAUUGAAUGCGACAACGGGUUUGUAGCUAGAAUUCUGACUGGGCAAACUGAAGGGAUUGUUUUGGAGGGUCAUGGUGGGAUGGAGGAUAAAAAACUUGGGGGAGGCAACGAUGAAGGCAAUGAUAAGGCGUCAGGCAUGGAAAGGAUUGGAGAUGUUGGGCCUUUGAUUUCGCAAGACAUUGAGGGGGUCGGAGGUGUGGGGAUGGUGGGGGAGACGACUAAAGAAACAAAAUUAGUGAGUUACAGCAGAAGAAAGAGGUUGGGUGACGAGAAACAUUCUCGGAUUAUGGCCAAGCUGAAUCUCACAAUGGUUCCCAUUAAGAAGCAAUUGUCACUUGGGUGCCUCUCGAAAUCUAGUUGA